AUGGCCGGAGCAGCUGACGCAGUGCGCAGUGAUGACGUGCACGAGACGACGGCUUCGGUCACGGCCCUGCUGCGAUGCGGGACGCGCUCGGGCACGACGAACCGACAGCCGCGAUCGCGAGAUUGGCGGGAGACUGCUGAUGCUGAGGCCGUCGUAGGAGCCUGUACUGAGCCCAGGAUACGGGGCUACGGUGGAGCUGUUGCUGACGGCACGAUGAUUCCAGUCAUUUCCUGUCUGGAAGAUGCCAGCCAAGGGCAUCAGCGACGGGAGACCAGCCGUGGUGUCGCCCGAAGUUGGGCCAAGCUCAGACAGUGA